AUGACUUCCCAAAUGGAGUGGUCUCACGACUUCUGCCUCUCCUGCGAUCGCCAGAUGGAGGGCGGCACCUACUGCUCGCAGGCCUGCAGGCUGGCCGACCUGGAGAAGGCUGGUCAGCAACAGUCACAGUCAGCCCAGCUGUCAUCGUCUGCCUCCUCCACAUCCUCGUCGAACAACGGCUUCUACCUUCCCCCGGCUGUCAACUUCUCGCAAUACAAGGCACCGUCGACAUCACGAGGAUUCGAUAUGGGUUCCUCGAGUCCGUACCACUACCACACUACUGCGAAUGGCUCGUACUUUGCCCCACCCACUGCGGGGCAGCGUAGCCUUACGCCAUCGUCGUCACGCUCCUCACUGUCCUCCAGCUCGUCCACCACCCAGUCGGGCAUCACCGCUCAGGCGGCAUCGCAGUUGAACAACUACGUGCGAUCGUUCGACCAAACCCGAGAGCAGAAGAGGAGGUACAACCAGUACUGA